UAUGCGCCGCACGUCCCGGUGGCCGCGGAGCCGGCGCCGAGCUGGAGGGGACGGACAGGACGGCGCAGAGAAGGCCAGAGGGCAGGCGGAGCCAUGGCGACGGGGGCAGAUGUACGGGACAUCCUGGAGCUGGGAGGCGUGGAGUCAGAGAACACGGGCACCAUCAACAAAAAGGACAUCAUCAACUCGGAUAAGAAAAAAUCCAAGAAAUCCUCAGAGACAUUGACGUUUAAGAGGCCAGAAGGAAUGCACCGAGAAGUUUAUGCACUCCUCUAUUCUGACAAAAAGGAUGCACCUCCGCUGCUGCCAAGCGACACAACUCAGGGUUAUCGAACAGUCAAAGCAAAACUGGGCUCCAAGAAAGUCCGGCCUUGGAAGUGGAUGCCUUUCACCAACCCAGCGAGGAAAGAUGGAGCCAUGUUCUACCACUGGAGGAGGGCAGCAGAGGAGGGGAAGGAUUACCCUUUUGCCAGAUUUAAUAAAACAGUGCAGGUUCCUGUGUACUCAGAGCAGGAGUACCAGAUGUAUCUCCACGACGACGCGUGGACCAAGGCUGAGACAGACCAUCUCUUCGACCUGGCUCGGCGCUUCGAUCUGCGCUUCGUGGUCAUUCACGACCGCUACGAUCACCAGCAGUUCAAGAAAAGGUCAGUGGAGGAUCUGAAGGAACGGUAUUACCACAUUUGUGCCAAGCUGGCAAACAUUCGUGCAGCUCCCGGCACAGACCUAAAAAUCCCAGUCUUUGAUGCUGGCCAUGAGAGACGAAGGAAGGAACAGCUGGAAAGGCUUUACAAUAGGACACCAGAGCAGGUGGCAGAAGAAGAAUACCUCAUCCAGGAGCUCCGUAAAAUUGAAACCAGGAAGAAAGAGAGAGAAAAGAGAACCCAAGACCUGCAGAAGCUCAUCACAGCUGCCGACACCACCACUGAGCAGAGGCGUGCUGAGCGCAAGGCUCCCAAGAAGAAGCUGCCACAGAAGAAGGAGACAGAGAAGCCUGCUGUUCCUGAGACUGCUGGCAUCAAGUUUCCUGACUUCAAAUCUGCAGGUGUCACGCUGCGGAGCCAGAGGAUGAAACUGCCAAGCUCGGUGGGACAGAAGAAGAUUAAAGCCCUGGAGCAGAUGCUGAUGGAACUCGGAGUAGAUCUUAACCCUAUGCCCACAGAGGAGAUUGUACAGAUGUUCAACGAGCUGCGGAGCGACCUGGUGCUGCUGUACGAGCUGAAACAAGCCUUUGCCAACUGCGAGUACGAGCUGCAGAUGCUACGGCACCGCUACGAGGCCCUGGCCAAGGCUGGGAGCAUCGGCCCCCUCAGCGUGGAAGGCGCCCAUCCAGAUGGCCAGACAGGGCUCGGCAUCGAGGAGGGCAAGGGCGAUACCAAGGACCAGAUCAUUGAUGUAGUAGGAGCACCUCUGACCCCCAACUCGGUGAGGAGGAAGGUCGGGGGGGCAGAGCAGGGCGCACUCAGGUCUCCGACGCAGAUGCCCUGACAAGCGCUGGGGAUGCUGCCCUGCUCUCCUUCCAGGCAUGCGCGUCCGAGGGAGCAGAACACGCCUGUUCCCCCCCAAGGCCCAGUGCUGCUCUCUGGGCUUGUCUCCUGUGCUGGACAGUGUUCUUGGUGCUACAGGUGGGGUCAGCAGGGCUUUCUACAUCCUGCAUGCAGGCAGAUGGCUUGGUGUGGGUGCCACUGUGGACCAAAGCGGUGAGGCUUUGGGUGAUGAGAGCUUGUUCUAAGGCAGCAACGGUACAGCUGCAAACCUGAGGCAUUUUGCUCAGCAGAGGGAAGCAGGUGGGGAAAGCAGUCUUCAGGUGAUGAGACAUGACCUGCCCGAGACCCUGGAGUCAAGCAGUAGCCCUGCCUGGAGCAGGAGGCUUGGGAAGGACAGAGGUGUUUGAAGAGCAAAGGAGGGUUUUUAUACCCUACUUCCAGUGCCAAGAAAGAAAAGCCUGGCCUAGGGCUUCUUCCAGUGCAAGCCCUGUGGCAAUGUCCUGUGCAUGCACCUCUGCAGGAUGUGAAUCACCGGCCUCUCCUCCCUGCCUCCAGGAGGGCAGGUUGCCCAGCCCCUCACCACUGCCUCAGGGCCAAGGGUAAGCCUGGGGAUCAGCUGAGGCUGCUUUCCCCUCUGUGCAGUCCCCUGGCACAGCUGAGCUGAACUGCCUGAUGAAAGCUGCCCAUCUCCACACCGUGGCAUCCCCGACGCCUCCGACGCACUGCCCCUGGUAGCGGCACAGACCUUUACUUUCUGAAAUGUAUAAUGUAUUGCAGGAUAUUGAGAACACCUUAUCUGUCAACGGCAGAGGCGACACGUUAACCUGGACUUGAGUAAUGUCCUAUUUGAUUGUGACAAUGUUGAGUCGUAAGGAAGAGUUCCACUGAGACAGGUUCAUGUUUGUAAAGGAGUCUUUUGAAUUAUUAUUUUUUUCCCUACUGCAUUCAAUCUGGAAUCUCACCCCUCCCUCCCUGCGGUCUGGAGUGUCCUGGUUUGCAAACUUUUCGGGCUGAUUUACAGUACAGUUGGUGUCCAUUGAGAACUGGCUUGUUGGGAAGGUGGGAGAGAUGGUGGUGGUGGCCAUGCCUGUAGGAGGAGGGAGCCCACGUGUGUGUUUCUGACCAUAUUGUUCCUCGGUGCCACCUCCUGGAAUUGGAAACAAAGGCACGGGCCCAGGCAGCACAGAGAGGGUUAAACUGACCUGGUCUCUGACAUAUUUGAAAGAAAUAUAAUCAAGUUAAUUCACUGCAAGGCAAAUUCAGUACCUAAAGGGCCCCCAUGUUAAAUACAGCACUGACCUUUACCGGCUGAUUACACAAAGACGACACAAUUAGAUUAGUCCAAGACAAAAGGUCAAGCACAUUCACACUGUGACCAUUUUUUGCUACCUUUUGAGGGGGGGGAAUUACAUCCCAGCUGGAGGGGUAUUUUGGAGAGGAAGAGAAUGGGGCUGCUGUACCAUGUUCUGCCUGGUUCAGAUAUGUUUGGAGAGUCAGGCAGGGCUUGGCAGCGUGCUUACCCUGAACCUGUCUAUGAUUGUUGGGCUAUGUGGUGGUGGGAGAGAGAGAUCAACACCCUGCAGCCCACAGCCAGCUUUUCCCAAGACAGGGUGAGUAGAGGUCAUGUCCUGGUGAUCCUUCCUGCCCUGCCCAAAGCUGGCAGAUGCAGCUCCAGUGCCUCUUGUCCAGCAUCAUGGCUGAAAUUUGCCUCUGGAAGAUGGUUGGGCUUGGUCAGCUUUGAGAAGGGGAAUGGCUGGUGGGUGCAUGCAUGUGUCCCCACCCUGCACAGUGAGGGCCCCAAGGUGUCCCAGGCUGUGGUGGGGACAGCAGGGCCAGGACAUGGUGUGGAUGGCCCUUCCUUCCCUCUCCUCCUGCAGCCAUGGGUGCUUGGCCACGACACCUGCCCUCGUCCUGCUGCAGUGGUUUCACCCUGCCAUGCCAGCCUUCAACUCCCGAGUUCCAGCGUGUGCUUUGCCACUGAGCUGCCAGGGCCUUUGGGAGAAUCAUUUAAUCUCCCUCCUUCAAAUUCCUCUGAGUUGGAGAAUCCCUUUGUGCUGUCUAGCACUGCCUGUCCAUGGCACUCUACACGUUGGAUUAAGCAUGGAUUAGUUCAGUCUCCAAACCAGCUGCUCCCCUGAAGCCAGAUUUGUUUCCCUGGAGAGAAGUAUCUUGCUCCAGAUGUUGGAGGGAGUGAGUGGCAAAGCCAGGAAUAGGACUAGGAGUCCUGAGUCCUGAGCGCUGCCUGGCAUGUCUGGAUUCCUUUCCAGGAAUUGGAAUGAAUGGGCAAAGGCACACCAGGGUCUUUUGAGGUACUGGUUUUGUCAGCAGCUGUCUGCCACCAGCCCGCUUGGCCAGCAGUGGGGAUGGGGGACAUGGCAGCAGGGUGUGUUAGUCAGGCUGGGACAGGCAUCUGUCUCAGAGCCCCUGGGGCAGUGGGAAGCCUGGUGCUGUCCUGCCCUGCUGUGUCCAGCACUCUCCUGCUCCCCUGGUUCCUGUCCACGCUCCCCCAGGGGCUGCAGUGCCCAUUGCUGACCAUUAAAGCUGAGCUGGGAUCCCCCCAGUGCUGUUUGAGGCUGACCCCGGUGGGGACUUUACUCGGGGCCUUUGGGAGGUGAAAGGUGAGCCGAACUCGGAACAAAUUAGUUCCAAGCAGAAGUUCAGCCAGUUACUCCAGAUUGGAUCCUUUGAUUUCCGCAACUCAGACUCCACUCAGUGAUCUGUAAUGAGUGACUCUCAGAAAUCCUCACAUUGCAGCACUUUGUUCCUGAGCUCACAAGUCAGCCCAUUAAUGGGUAAAGGAAAGGACCUUGAGUCUAAGAAGUCUCGGGUUCAGAGUCAGAAUUAUUUGACUUUUAAGCUUCCUUUAUCUGAACUCCUGCUGACUUCUUGUUUUCUGAGCCUGUUUGAAAGCUAGAAGUUACAUUGUUAAGAUCAAACAUUCUCUCUUUCCAGAUGGAGUUACAAUAUCUGUCUUUUAUAUAUAUAUAUUUUAAUAUAUAUAGUGUAUAUAUACCAGGGUGUAUAUAUAUUCUUCUCUUUUUUUUAAUCGUUCUUUCCAUUAAAAGAAACUAGACUUGUAA